UUUAAACUCAACGUUUUUUCAGAAACCCAACAACUGACAACACAGUCUUCACACUGUUUUCAGAUCAUCUUCGUCAUGGCACGAUCAAAUGAAACAAAGAUUGUCCUACUGGGAAAAACUGGCGUUGGGAAGAGCAGCCUUGGCAACGCCAUACUGGGAGACAGUCUGUUUAAAGAAAAAUCAUCUCCAACAUCUGAAACAAACAUGUUUAAUGCUGAAUCUAAAGAUAUCAAUGGAGAACGUGUCACAGUUAUUGACACUCCUGGCAUCUUUGACAACAGAUUGAAGGAAGAGGAUCUGAAGGCUGAGAUGAUUAAGUGUAUCGAACAUUGCUCACCCUGUAUUCAUGCAUUUCUCAUUGUGCUGAAAGUUGACCGAUACACAGACCAGGAGAAGGAAAUCAUUCAUAAGAUCAAGCAAUAUUUCCCAAAGGAAAUUCUGAAACAUGCUGUGGUUGUGUUUACACAUGGUGACCAGCUCCUAGAAGGGCAGACCAUUGAUGAAUUUGUUAAAAAGAGUAAAGAUCUGACAGAGCUGGUGGGGAUGUGUGGUGGCAAGUGCCACGUUGUUGAUAACAAGUACUGGAAAAACCAGCAGGAUGGAUACAGGAGCAACAGGUUUCAAGUGAAGCAGCUUCUCAAAACAAUAGAAACAAUGAAAGACGACAAGGGCGUCUACACCAACGAGUUACUUCAGUUAGUAGGGAAAAAGAAAUUAUGGAAGAUUUUGAAGAUCUCAGCUAAAAUAACAAUUGGAGCAUUGCUGGGAAUUUUACUUGGUGCCGUGGUGUUAGUUCCUUGCGUUGGUUUAGACGCUGCAAUAGGCAGCGGAGUAGGCAUUCUGUCAGGCGUUGAAGCAGCUGUGGGAGCAAGAAACAAGUACAUGGUCUCAAUCUGA